UCGCGUAUUUGUUUUGGUGGUGAGCGGGCCUUGGGCCAACCACAGCACAUCAUGAUACCUCAAUCCAGUUGAGUGUCUGGCGCGUGAGCGUGUUGUUGGGCGUUGCUGAUUCAGUAAAUCGCUUAAAUUUUAUUCCACUAAAUUUCGUAUUUAUAAUUAUAUGUUCAUUCCAAUAAAAACAUUCUGAUUAAUUUUUGUGUAGGAUAAAAUAUUUGUACAAUUGUGUCCAUAAAACCACAACAAAAUGUUUAACGGAAUCACUAGUCAAGUAAGCAGUUGGAUUGGUAAAAAGCAAGAAGAUGUCGAAGAGACUGUCCCUUCUCCAAAGACAGAAUUACCUGAAGAUAUUGAUAAUAAACCUGACAUAAGUCCAACAAAACCACCCAGUAAAUUGGAGAUGUUGGGAAAUGUUAAAAACCAAAUGUCAAGUUGGUUAGGAAGUGGUAUAUCUGGACUACGUAAGAGUGAUAGUGAAGUUGUACCUGAUCCUCCAGCAGAACUUUUACAAGAGGCAACUGAUGAGUCUAAAGAAAAAGAAGAUGACAACUCAAGUGCAACUGGGGAUCCUGAUACUCCUGUUUCAGAAACAGAAGAUGAUCUUGGGACUACUCAAGGAAAUGUUUCAAACAAAGCUUUACAAGGAGCGAAAUCUUUUGGAAAUUUCUUAUACAGUGCUGUAAAUAAAGCAGGAAAAACUGUAAGUGAAGCUGGAGCAAAAAUUAAAAAAACUGUUGGAGAUAAUGGAAUACUUGGAGAAUUAAAUAAAGAGCAAGAAUCAUUUUUAAAAGACAAAAAAGACUGUAGUAUUGCUGCAGUUCCACCUUGGGUUGGACAUCCAAAUGAAGAGGCAGUUAAGGCUGAAUGUUUAUCAUUAUCCACAGAUAGACGAAAUUUUGUACGCAGUCCUCCAGUUGGAGUAGAUUUCAAUUUUGAUUAUACAACAUCUUAUCCCAUAGCAUUAUCUAUUUUGUCUGAAGAUCCCAACUUAGAAAAAAUGCGAUUUGAUCUUGUACCAAAAAUAAUAAAUGAAGAAAGUUUUUGGCAAAAUUAUUUCUACAGAGUUAACUUAAUAUGCAAUGCAAAUAAUCUAGAAACAUUAGAUACAAAGGACUAUAAUGCAACAUCAAAUAUUUCUAUGGACUUAACAGACUCUGGAGAUAAUGCUUCUCACAAUUAUGUAAAAGAAACUGAAUUUGUAUCAGAUACAUUUGCAGUGCAUGAUUCUAAAGAAAUAAAUGAAAUAAGAGAAAGUUUAAAGAAAAGUUUGGGUGUUAAUUCUUCAGAAAAUGCUUGAACAGUAUGAUCAAUUUUCAACUACAAGGUGACUUUAAGUGCUUCUUUCUUUUACCUUUGAGGAAUGUGUUUAAUCUUAUACUCGCUUUAUCCUUUAUCCUUAACGUGUAACACUUAUUAAAUCUUAACAUAUUUUCUCUUAUCCUUGUGUGAUUAUUAAAUGUUUUCGGAACCGGUUUGUAGAACAUCAUUGGGAACAUGAAUUGGACACUGAGCUGAAUGAAUAUGAAAUAAUUAAAAGUAAUGAAAAUGAUAUAUCAGAUAAACCAAAUGAUGACUGUAUUAUAUAUGAUAUUAAAUAAAUUCAUGCUAUAUUUCAAGGAAGUCUUAGUUUUAAUAUUCUGUUCCAUAAUAAAAUGUAUACAAAUAUUUUAAAAUUUUAUACUUUUAUCUAUUUAGAAUAUUGAUAAUAAUUGACUGGUUCUUAGUUUUUAUUAGAAUUAUUUCUAUAUACUAUAUUUAAUCUAAUAUUAAUUACCAUUUAUAGUUAGUUUAAUAAAUGUUGUUACUAGUGAUAAUUGUUUUUUAUUAAUUUAAACUAUUCAUAUAAAAUACUCAUUAUAGCAAUAAUUUAUGUUUAUUUUUAUUAUAUUUUUUACAUCAACAAAACUAUGUGUAAACUAUCUUGAUGGCUAUUUUUAUGUGCUUCUAUUUUUUUUAUUCUAUGCAAUAAUCAAUACACAUGUACCAUUCCAUAUAAAAAUCUAUAAAUAUGAUUAAGGGUAAUAUGAGUAGUAAGAAAUUUGUACAUUUUGUUUGAGUAAUAUAUUUGCUAACAAAAUAUUUUCAUCUUUAUGGGAAGUUUUUGAAUAAUACUUAUAUUAUUUGAUUCGUAAUAAUUUCACAUCAAGUUUGAAUUAAUUGAAGUUAACUUUUUUUAAUUUUAUGAUUUAUAUUAAUAUUAAUUAAUGAUUCUUAAAUUUUUUAACUCAAAUUCAUAAUAGUAAUAAUAAUAAACCAAAUAACAAUAGAAUGUUCGUAAAUUAUAUCUUAAACUAAUAUAGACUUUAUAAUAAUAAAUUUUCUGAUUGAUUCUGACACUAUAUAAAUAAAAAAAGGUGUAGAACUGUUUUCAACAAAGUUGAUAGUUUAGGAGUUUUUCAACAAAAAAAAGUAAUCUUGGUAAUAUUGUACUAUGUAUUAUUUGUUAAUAUGUAAAAAAUUCUGAAAUAAUAUUUAAGUUAAAAUAAAUAUAAUUAUUUUAAUCAUAAAAGGAUACGUCCAAAAUAAUACAUAUGU